GCCCGUCCCCUGGGGCGGGGCCCGACCUCCAGUACCCGGGGCUCAGGUGCCCAGACACCGCCCCUCCCUCCCGGGCCCCUCCUCACCGCCGCCUCCUAUAGUUUCAGCCUCAGUGUCAGGUGUGCGCAGAGUGGAAACGGGAGAUUUUGAAACAUCACACCAACAGAAACGGAGACAUCCACUGGGGAAACUGCCGACCGGGCCGCUGGCCGGUCGACGCCUGGGAGGUGGCUAAGGCCUUCAUGCCCCGAGGACUGGCAGACAAAACAGGACCUGAGGAAUGUGAUGCAGUUGCCCUUUUAAGUCUUCUCAACUGCUGCGAUCACUUCGUGGUUGAUCGAAAGAAAGUCACGGAGGUGAUUAAGUGUCGUAAUGAGAUCAUGCACUCUUCAGAGAUGAAAGUGUCUUCUAUGUGGCUUCGAGAUUUUCAGGUGAAGAUCCAAAAUUUUCUGAAUGAAUUCAAGAAUAUCCCAGAGAUUGUGGCCGUUUACUCCCGAAUAGAACAGCUGUUGACAUCUGACUGGGCAGUUCACAUCCCUGAAGAAGAUCAGCCAGAUGGGUGUGAACAUGAAGCAGGAGUUUACCUGAGUGAGAGCCAAGUAAAGGAGACAGAGAUGGAAUUACUAAAGGAAAAACUUCAAGAGCUGUAUCUCCAGGCCAAAGAACAAGAGAUGUUGCCUGAAGAGAUCUUAAAUCAACUGGAAGUGGUGAAAGAAUUUCUGAGAAACAAUGAAGAUCUUAGAAAUGGUCUUACAGAAGACAUGCAGAAGCUUGACAGCCUGUAUCAACAGCCUCCAAAAACGGAUUCAAAGGAACCCGGGGCACAAACAUCUGAAGGGAAGGCCUGACAGGAAGUACUGGGGAUUGAACCCAGGACCUCAUGCAUGGUUGACCUUCAACAAAAAUCAAGCAUGUUCCAUGACGGUCAGCCCAGCUUUCGUCUCAGUCAUCCUUUUCUGUGCAAAAGGAAAAACUUACCAGUGAACUCCACCCAAACAAAGAUGGAUUCAUGUUGUGUUUUCCUGGACUUGCCUUUGACUAUUUGGGGGUAUUUUUUUUAUAUUCAUAAGCUCAUUGGUAUGUGAUCUGUACCAACCAAAAAAUACUAGAUACUCUUGUGCCAGACUUGCAAUUA